UGGCUUUGUUGCUUUGUCAGACUGUGGUCGUGAUUCGUGAAUUCGCUUUUCACUUCCUGGUCGGUUAAACUGUGACAGAAAAUUGAAUAAUCCGAUUUUUUUGGCACUGCUAAAAAUUCCUUUAGGUCUUGUUGACCUGUACGAACUGGGUAAUUAGCAGUCUGCCGCAUUUUGUUCGGCUUGUUGGCUCAAUACGGCAAAGGUGGUCUUGCCAAACGGGAAUCAUGUCGAUGGUCUCUACAGCUAACCUUCCCACUAAGAUGGCGAACGGGAAUGGGAUAAAAAAAUGUUACAGAGGACACUCGCACUUGUCGACAUCCUGGACGAUUUAUGUUGUGGAUCCGGCUUGCAGUCACGAUGUGGAAACGUAUGGAGAAGCUUUGAGUCCCAUCGACGCAUUCGAUACGAAAGAACAAGUGGAGACGCUGUACAAACUGCCAGCAUUUAAACCGGGCCCGCCGUCGUGGUCGAUGAAUGUCAAUGGUGGGGCUAUCGCGAUUUUUCAAGGAGGAAAGUAUGGAUUUCCUGUUGUGAAGCCUGAAUGGGAAGAUCCGGCCUCGCGUAACGGCAGUGAAUUUCGUUUCCAGUUUGACCCACAGACGGAUCCGUUUCUGGUGUUGGACAAGGCCUUCCACGCGCUGGUUACCUGGAUGACCGGGCAUGAGCUGUACGAAGAGACUCGUCUGUUGGGACUGUUUGUUAAGAACACGAAUCGUCCAGGUAACCGUGAUCCGGCCAGCAUUCAGUUCCGCCUUUGGACUUCGAGAAUGCCCGAUGCAGACAUUUUCCGCUUGGCACGCACCAUUGGCAACGAUAUGGCCGAGGUGCUGGGAAAAGUUGGUGCUCGAGGUAUUAUCAACUACAAGGGCUUGGACAACCUGAUUCGCCGUGCAAAUGCCACCACUCAGAAGGAGAUUGAGCAGGACAGCAAGGACAUGAAUGCCAUUCGACUGAAAUUCUUUGUGCCAUCUCGUUCGCCUCGAAUGAACGGUCAAGAACAAAAUCACGGUUAUUGAAGAGGAUUGCGGAAUCUCAUUAGUUGCGUUACAACUUACCGUUGUGACCAACAUUUUCUGUUGUAAAACUCAAAAUUUUGUUAUAUUAUUUUUGGGAAUGGUGUAUCUUGGUGAUCGGAAAACAGUCCCAGCGGCCAGUGAGACUAGAUGACCAUGGCAUUCAGUUAAUACUGUUCUUAGUUCUUGAUUGCGAAUUUUGAUUAAAUGUGCCGUUGUACCGUGAAAUUACUGCUUACAAUUUUUUUGUAUUUUUUUUCUAGCAGUAAGCGCUGUAUUUUAAAGUUAAAGGUGUAUAACGGUUUGAAAUUCAAACCAGCACUGUUACUCGGUAAUCU